UUCUAAGCGAUCGGUUUGGUUCGUGUUAGCUCCGCCGCGCCAGCAGAAAAGUAAAUCUCGAGUCUCGAAGAUCUCAGCGAGUUUUUCCCGAUCGCUUGGCACACGGAAGCGGCUAACGCAGAAUCCGCAGAGGAAACACCAUAGCAAGGGGCAGGCAUAAUUGCUUAUAAAUAUAUUUUAAAAGCCCCCACAAUUCACGAUUCUGUUUUUAAGUGAUUACAAAAAAGAAUACAAAUAAAACCCAAAUGCCGCGUAUCUGUUUAAUGUCAGCGCAAAAACUCAAUUCAAUUUAUGGUUUGUGAUUGUAAAUUUGACAUAAUUGUGUUUUGAUUUAUUUGUGUGAGCCUCGUGCCUUGAGCAUCUUUAAGAUUAUCGCGAAAUAAUACCAGGGAAUCUCCUCAUCCUCCCCUCUCGACGAUAACCCAAGUUUUCAACGAGCGAAUUGAGAUAGCGGGACAUCAUCAUGCUGGGAAUCAACUCCUUGGGAUGCUUUUUGCUGCUCUGCUGCACAGUGAUGCUAGCAUCAGGUGUCCAGAAUAGCAGUAGCCCCAGCCAGAGCCCAAACUUUAACCAGAACCUGAAUAGAACUCAUCUGCAUCAGCAUCAUCAUCAUCGAACACAUGGCCACAGGACGCGUCAUCAGGGGAAUCCUGCCAGCACACCUCAGAGACAACAGCGGAGAUUACAGCUUGUGCAGAAUGCCAAGUCGGAUGUGGAACUGCUGCCUGGUGUUACCAUGCAGGAGGUCACCAGACUACGACGGAUUCAACCCCAUAAUCCCUAUAAUAGGGUGCAGGGCGCAAGACGCCUUCACCAGACCAAACCCACAUCCGAGUGGGACUACAAUACCUACAAUAUCCUGACGAACACCUUUGGACCUCCGCCGCCACCCAUCCCUUCGUCACCGCGAUCUGGAAAGGGUGAGGAUAACACCCAUGAUGUGGAGUUCAUUGGAGUGCAGGAUAGGCGCAGAGGUUACUCCUUUGUGCCAUCGGUGAGCAGCACCACCAUGGCGCCGCCUCCGAAUCUAAACAGAAGAUCGGCCAGUCCGGGUCUGGGCAGCAGCAUGGGCACCAUACCCCCGCUUGUCCCUGCCCGACGGGGCUAUAGCUACACCACCACGGCACCCAGCACAGUGUCCACCGGUUUCAACACCGAAGAUCCCUUCGAGACGAACACCAUCGGGCGGGGGUUUCCCACGGACCCCAAGGAGAUGGAGCGGCGGCACAUCUGCGUGCAGCAGCGGACGGUGACGAUGCCCGUGAAGCGGACGGAGGUCUACACGCGUCCCACCUGGAAGCAUGUCUCCACGCCCUGCCAACCGCCCACUUUCAAUGGACAAAUGUGCACCAGGGUGCAGGUGGUCCAUGAACCAGCCUACAGGGAUGUAAUUGACCACAAGACUGCCCAGCAGAUGACCUACGACUGCUGUUCGGGUUGGAGCAGGGAAAAUCCACGGGCGGAUGCGUGCAUGAAACCUAUUUGCUCCACGCGCUGCCAAAAUGGUGGUAAUUGUACGGCUCCCAAUACCUGCAGCUGUCCGGCGGGUUACAGUGGACGCCACUGCGAGCAGGAUGUGAACGAGUGCCUCACGGAGAAGCCCUGCGACCAGCAGUGUGUUAAUACCCCCGGCUCCUACUUCUGCCGCUGCCGUCCGGGAUUCGUGCUGCAGGCGGACCAGCAGAGCUGCCGAAAGACCUCCUCCCACGCAGAUGACGCCUUCGAGGCGAGGGAUUUGGAGAACGACAUCGAUGACACCGAUGCCGAGGUGGUCACGCGGCUGCAGAAGAUCGAGCGCUCGCUGGCCAACGAGCGAGUGCAUACCAACGAGUUGCAAAAGUCUCUACAGGCCACCUACAGCGUGGUGGACACGCUCAAGAGCAGGCUAAGCACGCUGGAAAAGCAGGCUCAGGAUGUCAGCCGGCUGCAGACGAAUCUGUACAAGACGGAGUCGAGGACGAACAAGCUGGAGGGGAUGCUUAACCUGCUGCUAAAGUGCCGAAAUGGGCCUAAUGCCAACUGCCCCUAAACAGAACUGCAUUUUUCCUUUUUUCCCCAACGCUAUUAUUUAAAUGUUAGGUAACUUAAUUGUCCACUCUGUUCACGUGUAGCUGCUCCAGCUUGUAAGCCAUUCCCGAGUUGCGAGUCGAGUGCCUCUGUAGUCCGUAGAACCAGCCCUCGACUAGGGCUAUGUAUUAGUACUUAAGCGAACGUGUCAUAAUUGUAUCGAGAUCUGAAGUUUUAGCUGUAAGCGCACCACCGCCAACUGCCCCACCCGAUUCGUGGUGGGUGCAGCGUUUAGUUUCUGCAUGUAUCUGUAUAUAAUUGUAACGUAUAUGAGAAAUCAUUGCACAAAUAAAUGCAUUUUCUAAUUCA